CCAUCUACACCUGUCUGGUCUGUAGAUAUCUUCGAAGACUCGCGGAGGGCGGCUAGUUAGAGAGAGAGAGAGAGAGAUGAAUCUACCACUUCCGAGCCCAUCGUCCCUGAGCCCUGUUGCUCGUUUGAUGGAGAGCGGCGAAUGGGACGAGGCUCAGGAUGUCCUCCAGCGAAUUCUACAGAAGAAAGAGCACGAAGCAGGAGCCAGUCAUCCCGAAACGCAGCGUGUGAGGAACAUGCUAGCCUGCGUCUAUCGUCGUCAGGGCCGGAAGAAUCACGACGCAGACGCUGCAGAUACUGCUCGACAGCGCUCGGGCAGCUCAGAAGGGGGCACUGCUUCCGCCGCGAGAUCGAGCAAUUCUCCCCUUUCUGCUCGUUCUCCUCCUUCGAAUAGUCCUGAGCAUCAAAAUCAGCAGCACCAGCAGCACCAGCAGCAACGACAUAUACUCCAAACAUUGGAUGCCGAACGACGAGCUCUCGAACUAACCCUCCGAAGAAGCCUUCGCCAUCCAGGCUCUCGUCCUAAUCUCGACAUGCUGUCCCGUAUGGACUCACUCGCAGAUACAUACUUCGAACAUAACCAUCCAGAGACAUCCGCGCAGCUCCACCAGACUGUUCUCCGACUUCGUACUUCCACCCUCGGCCCUGGAAACCCGCUCACCAUCGUGGCCAUGGACAGUCUAGGCCGCGACUACGCCGCCCAGGGACAAUUCAAAGACGCACUCCGCCUACAAGAAGACGCAGUAGAGGCCGGCCGCGUGCACCUCGGCCAAGAAGACAUCGUCACAUUACGCUGCAUCGUACAUCUAGCAGAGACAUACGGCCGGGUAAUGGCCGAAGCGCCAACAAUACCACCCAACGCGCGCGCAAUCCCGUUUCUCGAAAACGCCGUAUCAAUCCUCGAGAGGACAGCGGGUUCAGAAAGCUCUGACACCGCGUCCAUACGAUAUUACCUUGCCGUGGCGUAUUCGAGAAUCGGGGCACGGAUCGGCGACGCAGAGGUGCUUCUAGCGGCUGUUUUGGGAUGGAGUCGUCGGAAUGUCGAGACGGGGAAUAAUACUGCGAUUCAGAUCAUGCGGAAUCUAGUGACGUUGUAUCGGCAUCUGGGGAAGUUGGAUCGAGCUCAUGAGGUGGAAAUGCUGUUGAGGGCAAAAUGAACUACUUCUCUUCUACAUGGUACUGAACGCGGGCGACAAUUCAGUUUUGAGUCAAUAAUUGCUAUUUAGUUAUACCUCAAGAAGUAAAACUAUACAAAUGACAGUAAAUACUUACUAGUUGGUUGUCUUGG